AUGGCCUCGAAGAGACUUGUCGUUGCUGGAGGAAGUGGGUUCCUAGGAUCUCGAAUUUGCAAAGCUGCAGCCGCACGUGGAUGGAGUGUCACAUCAUUGAGUCGCUCCGGAGAACCACGCUGGGACACAGUGACAAGCUCUACGGAGCGGCCCAGCUGGGCGAGCUCGGUAGAAUGGGCAAAGGCUGACAUUCUGAAACCGGAGACGUAUAAACCGUUCCUAUCCGGAGCUUCUGCUGUGGUGCACACGAUGGGCAUUCUGCUCGAGGCAGACUACAAAGGAGUUGUUCAAGGACGGGAGCCCAUUGUUGGUGGUUUACAGCGCGCCUUCAGCUCCUCGAAACUUGGAAGCCAGGAUCCAUUGCAAAGAAAGGAAGGCGAGGCCCUGGAACCCAAGGAGAGAGACGGACAAUUAACAUACGAAUUGAUGAAUCGGGAUUCGGCCAUCGCGCUUGCUCAGGAAUCAUCAAACGAGCACGUCCCAACCUUUUUGUACAUUUCCGCAGCCGGUGGGGCGCCAAUUCUCCCUGCUCGAUACAUCACUACCAAACGUGAAGCUGAGGAGACCAUCUCAUCCUCGCUUCCGAAUCUUCGAAGUGUUUUCAUUCGACCAGGCUUCUUGUAUGAUUCAAGCCGAAAAUUCACAUUACCGAUUGCGCUCGGUGGAUUUGUCGCGUCUGAGAUCAACAAUCUCGUGGGGAAUCGCCUGAGUUUCUUGGGAUCCAUGACUGAGAAGCCACUCAAGGCCGACGUUGUGAGUGAGGCAGUGGUUGAAGCCUUGGAGGACCAGUCAAUCAGAGGACCUGUGGGCACGAAGCAGAUCGAACAACUGGCGACCAGUGCAUGGAGGAAGACGAUGCUGUAG